UGUGUAGGAAGCCACCCUCGGAGAGGCGGCCGGGAUGGCCGGCUCGGCCCGGGAGCACCUGCUCUUCGUGCGGCGGCGGAACCCCCAGAUGCGCUACACGCUGAGCCCCGAGAACCUGCAGAGCCUCGCCCAGGGCUCCCGGCCCGAGAACAUGGCCCUGCAGCGGGCCAACAGCGACACGGACCUGGUGACCUCUGAGAGCCGCUCCAGCCUGACGGCCAGCAUGUACGAGUACACGCUGGGCCGCGCCCAGAACCUCAUCAUCUUCUGGGACAUCAAGGAGGAGGUGGACCCCAGCGACUGGAUCGGACUGUAUCACAUCGAUGAGAAUUCUCCAGCCAACUUCUGGGAUUCUAAAAACAGGGGUGUGACUGGGACACAGAAAGGGCAGAUUGUGUGGAGGAUUGAGCCCGGGCCCUAUUUCAUGGAACCGGAGAUAAAGAUCUGCUUUAAGUACUACCACGGCAUCAGCGGAGCCUUGCGCGCCACCACCCCCUGCAUCACCGUGAGGAACCCUGCUGUGAUGAUGGGGGCGGAAGGAGGUGCUUCUGGAAGCCCGCAUUCCCGGAAGCUCGUCAGCUUCACGCUGUCCGAUCUCAGAGCUGUCGGGCUAAAGAAAGGGAUGUUCUUCAACCCGGACCCUUACCUGAAGAUGUCCAUCCGGCCGGGGAAGAAGAGCAGCUUCCCCACCUGUGCCCACCACGGGCAGGAGCGGAGGUCCACCAUCAUCAGCAACACCACCAACCCCAUUUGGCACCGAGAGAAAUACUCCUUUUUUGCACUUCUUACCGAUGUCUUAGAAAUUGAAAUUAAAGACAAAUUUGCCAAGAGCCGUCCUAUCAUCAAGCGUUUCCUGGGGAAGCUGACCAUCCCCGUGCAGCGGCUGCUGGAGCGCCAGGCCAUCGGCGACCAGAUGCUGAGCUACAACCUCGGCAGAAGGCUGCCCGCCGACCACGUGAGCGGGUACCUCCAGUUUAAAGUGGAGGUGACGUCCUCCCUGCAUGAAGAUGCCUCCCCGGAAGCCGUGGGCACGAUGCUCGGGGUCGGGUCUGUGAACGGAGACCUGGGCAGCCCUUCGGACGAGGAGGAGAUGGCUGGGACCCACCCCGAUGGCCCGGCCUGCUCCAACGGGCCCAUGUCCGAGGAGAGUGCCGAGGGGACUCCCAAGCACUCCUGCAGGACUAGCUCCACCCUGGACAUGGACGGGGAGGAUCUGACCUCCAUGUCCUCAAGGAACUCGCCGCCCCGCGGACCCCAGGACUCACUCAACGAUUACCUGGAUGCCGUGGAACACCACGGCCCUGCCAGGCCGGGCCCCGCGCCCUGCGCCGAGCGGCCCAGGGGGGCCUCUCCGAAGCUGAGGAGCAGCUUCCCCACCGACACGAGGCUCAGUGCCAUGCUCCACAUCGACUCCGACGAGGAGGACCACGAGCUGCAGCCCGGCCUGGGCUCCCCGUCGUCCCUAGAGGACGAGGGGGGCCUGAUCAUGUUCAGCGGGCCGUCGAGGACUGACGACGGGAGCCUGUCCUCUCAGACAAAGCAGGAAGACGCCCCACUGGAGACCGAGGACGCCCCCACGCACGAUGCCGCUUCCUUAGAGGGGAAGCCGGAGGGUCUCCCCGAGGAGCUGGCCGAGGACUCCUCCCCAGCAGGCCCCGCCCCGGGGGACAGCGAAGAGGGUCCGGAGUCUCCAGCCGGUGCCGACCAGGACCAGGACCAGGACGGCACUGAGCCCUGUGGCUCCCAAGAGGUGGACCCGCCCACGAGUGGGGCAGACACGGGCACCCCGGACACGUCGGGAGGGAGCCGGAGGGCCACCAGUGAGACCGAGUCCCUUGACCAGGGCUCGGAGCCCUCCCAGGUGUCCUCCGAGACGGAACCCAGCGACCCCGCCCGGACCGAGAGCGUGAGCGAGGCCAGCACCAGGCCCGAGGGCGAGAGCGACCUGGACGGUGCGGACAGCUCCUGCAACGAGAGCGUCACCACGCAGCUGUCCUCGGUGGAGACGCGCUGCUCCUCUCUCGAGAGUGCCCGGUUCCCCGAGACCCCGGCCUUCUCUUCCCAGGAGGAGGAGGAGGACAGGGCCUGUGCGGGGGAGGCCCCCAGCAGCAGCCCUGCCCGGGGGGCUCAGGAGGCCACGUGUGCCCCUGGGUCCCUGCCGGCGGUGCACAUGCCCAGCGCCGAGGAGGAGGGGCCCGGGGCAGAGGCGGCCACCUUCCCCCACCAGGACGAGGGCGGGGAGGUCUGGCAGCGGAGGGGCAGCCUCGAGGGAGCGGCGGCCGCUGUGGAGAGCCAGCCCCAGGAGGAGGGCGAUGCCGGCGAUGCCCAGGCGGCUGGUGAAGGGGCCGCCGCCCAGGAGGAGGGCGCCACUGGAGGUUCUCAGGCCAACGGCCACCAGCCACUGCGCUCGCUGCCUUCCGUGCGCCAGGAUGUCAGCCGGUACCAGCGGGUGGACGAAGCUCUCCCACCAAACUGGGAGGCGCGCAUCGACAGCCACGGCAGGAUCUUCUACGUGGACCACGUGAACAGGACCACGACAUGGCAGCGAGAAACAUCACCCCCGCUACCCAGACAUCCCCAGAUCUCAGGGCUGCUGUGAUAUGACGAAGCUCCUGCUUUCAGGUAUCAGAGCAUCCGCAGAACCAUGACGAAUGAGAGGCCCGAGGAAAACACCACCGCCAUCGAUGGGGCCGGGGAGGAGGCCGACUUCCACCAAGCCAGCGCAGACUUCCGCCGGGAGAAUGUCCUGCCGCACUCUACCUCCAGAUCCAGGCUCACGUUGCUGUUACAGUCUCCCCCCGUGAAGUUCCUCAUCAGCCCCGAGUUCUUCACCGUGCUACACUCGAACCCCAGUGCCUACCGCAUGUUUACAAACAACACGUGUUUGAAGCACAUGAUCACCAAAGUCCGGCGGGACACCCACCACUUUGAACGCUACCAGCACAACCGGGACCUUGUGGGAUUUCUCAACAUGUUCGCCAACAAACAGCUGGAGCUGCCCAGGGGCUGGGAAAUGAAACACGACCAUCAGGGCAAGGCGUUCUUUGUCGACCACAACUCCCGGACCACCACGUUCAUCGACCCCCGGCUCCCCCUGCAGAGCGGCCGGCCCACGAGCGCGCUGGUGCACCGGCAGCACCUGACCCGGCAGCGCAGCCACAGCGCGGGCGAGGUAGGAGAGGAUUCGCGACACGCGGGGCCGCCCGUCCUUCCCAGGCCGUCCAGCACGUUCAACACCGUCAGCAGGCCGCAGUACCAGGACAUGGUUCCAGUGGCUUAUAAUGACAAGAUCGUUGCAUUUCUGCGCCAACCCAAUAUCUUUGAAAUUCUGCAGGAACGUCAGCCUGAUCUCACCAGGAACCACUCACUCAGGGAGAAGAUCCAGUUUAUUCGAACGGAAGGGACCCCAGGAUUGGUGCGCCUUUCCAGUGAUGCAGACCUUGUGAUGUUGCUGAGUUUAUUUGAAGAAGAGAUAAUGUCUUAUGUGCCUCCACAUGCCUUACUCCACCCCAGCUACUGUCAGUCCCCGCGCGGCUCCCCUGUGUCCUCUCCCCAGAACUCGCCAGGUACGCAGCGUGCCAAUGCCCGGGCACCAGCCCCUUACAAGCGAGACUUUGAAGCCAAGCUGAGGAACUUUUACAGGAAGUUGGAGACUAAAGGGUAUGGACAAGGCCCAGGGAAAUUAAAGUUAAUCAUCAGAAGAGAUCACUUACUCGAAGAUGCUUUUAAUCAGAUCAUGGGCUACUCCCGAAAAGACCUGCAGAGAAAUAAGCUGUACGUCACCUUCGUCGGGGAGGAAGGGCUGGAUUACAGCGGACCUUCCAGAGAGUUCUUCUUCCUGGUGUCCAGGGAACUCUUCAACCCAUACUACGGCUUAUUCGAAUAUUCGGCCAAUGACACAUACACAGUGCAGAUAAGUCCCAUGUCCGCUUUUGUGGAUAAUCACCAUGAAUGGUUCCGGUUCAGCGGCAGGAUCCUGGGCCUGGCGCUGAUACACCAGUACCUACUGGAUGCCUUCUUUACGCGGCCCUUUUACAAGGCCCUCCUCAGAAUUCUGUGUGACCUGAGUGACCUCGAGUACCUGGAUGAAGAGUUCCACCAGAGCCUGCAGUGGAUGAAGGACAACGACAUCCAUGACAUCCUGGACCUCACCUUCACUGUGAACGAAGAAGUCUUCGGGCAGAUCACGGAGCGCGAGCUGAAGCCCGGGGGUGCCAACAUCCCGGUCACGGAGAAGAACAAGAAGGAGUACAUCGAGAGGAUGGUGAAGUGGCGGAUCGAGCGCGGCGUGGUGCAGCAGACGGAGAGCUUGGUGCGCGGCUUCUACGAGGUGGUGGAUGCCAGGCUGGUCUCUGUGUUCGAUGCGAGGGAGCUAGAGCUGGUCAUCGCGGGCACCGCCGAAAUAGACCUGAGUGACUGGAGAUUCAACACCGAGUACAGAGGAGGGUACCACGACAAUCACAUUGUAAUUCGGUGGUUCUGGGCUGCGGUGGAGAGAUUCAACAAUGAACAACGACUGCGGUUGUUACAGUUUGUGACGGGCACGUCCAGCAUUCCCUACGAAGGCUUCGCUUCUCUCCGAGGAAGCAAUGGCCCCAGAAGGUUCUGUGUGGAAAAGUGGGGGAAAAUCACCGCGCUUCCCAGAGCUCACACGUGUUUCAACCGCCUGGACCUCCCCCCGUACCCCUCGUUCUCCAUGCUGUAUGAGAAGCUCCUGACAGCGGUUGAAGAGACCAGCACCUUUGGACUUGAGUGACCGGAAGCCCGGUGCCCGGCUGCGUGGGGACAGGCAGUUGGGGAAGCUGCCCUCCCAGGACAGCCCACCACCGGGAGGGUCCGAGCGGGCUUCCGUCUGAGUAACGCCUUCACUUGACAAGCGUAAGCCACGUCUGGGGACUGGAUCGCGGUGAGGAGUCCUCCCUGAAGGAUGGGGGUGAGCUUGAUGCCCAGGGGACAACCCCACAGUCUUUCAAUCAGCAGGUCCCGACUCCCAUGCUUCUUCCCAUUCGUUGCGUUCCAAGACCAAGAUGAACCUGUGCGGAUCAGCUCAAGGUCACUGUGCAGGGACUUGGGAGAAUCUUGAAACUUAACCUUGAACGUGAUUCAAGCCAAACCGCAGCCCUUGACCCGAUCUCCAAAUUAGUGCGAGUUCAAUAAUGGAAUAAAAACACCUGUAUUUCCCAAAAGUCCCUUUGUGUGAGCCCCAAGUUAUCACAGAAUAUUCCUUUUCUUGCUUAUGUGUGCCUGCAUGGUGUUGCACGCAGGUUUCAGCUUCCACGGGACCCGAGUGGAAAUGAAACCAAGUCAACAUGAGGCAACUUUAAAGAUUUGCAAUAAGGUGGUCUGUGACGAUGGAGAUGCAAAGUGGUCUGUGUGUCAUUAUGGCUGGAGACAAACUGUUCCACAGUGAAUUACUACCGACAGAUUGUAUGCUUUCUAAUGCAUGGAAACAAUUUUAAAUAACUAGCAAUUAACUCACAGCAUAUCAGAAAAAAGUCCACAGUGAGUUCUGUUCAUUUUUUUAUAGGUUCAUGACAUUUAUGUUCUUUAAGGUGUAUAUAGGAACCCACCUGUCCUACUGUUCGUGUCGCCCGAUCCAUUUCCAUGUUCCAUGCUUACUUGGGCAUCAUGCUAGUAGGUAUCCUUUUAAGCACUGUCCAGGGAACCAAAGGGCCUUUUAUUUUUCUAAAGGUACAAAAAAAUUCCCCGAAAUAUUUUGCACUGAAUGUACCAAAGUUGAAAGGACGUUACAAGAUGACUGACAGCAACUCCAUCACUGGACAAGUAUAACAGGAAACAGCUUCAAAAGUCAGACUUCUCCACAGUGCCAUGUCUACCACUACAGGACUGUGCAUCUAAGUAAUAAUUUUUUAAGACUCACGAUAUGUGAAUAGUACGAUAUGCAUUUAUUUAAAAUGCAUUAGACUCUUCCAUCCAUCAAAUACUUUACAGGAUGGCAUUUAAUAAAGAUAUUUCGUACCCCACCCCCCCUGCUUUUUAUUUGUACAGCAUCGUGAAACACCAGGCUCACUGAGGGAGCCAUCAGCAACACCUAAGGGGUCAGCUCUCUUUAGUACGAGAAUUCCAUCUCCCUCGUCAGUGAAGACAUCACAAACGGAAACCCUCAGUACUCUAUUUCCAAGCCUGCAUUUUCACCGAUGCAUAAAUUCCUUAUCAACAUAAGGAAACAGGUCUUCUAGGAUACCUCGGACAUUGCAUGACACCACUCACGUUACACUUGCUUAGUUUUCUCAGAGGGUGUCCUUCAUUUCUACUGCUUUCGGGUUUUUUCCACAUCGUUGUUUAUUUCUGGACGUAUGGCCAUAACUCAUCAGAGGUUCAAUGCAGCGAAGUUAAAUGGUGAAUAAUAAAAGCGUUGGAUUAACA